CCCCCACCUCAUUUCAACAGAAGGGGAGUAGUCCCACAUGCUAUGGGGGAAUUUUUGUUGAAAAUUGGCAUAAUAACAUCGCCUUAAAUUAUGGCUAGCCCUAUCCCAAACACACGCCUCUUUUAAUCCUUAGAUUCUACAUUGUUCACAAAAUUGAUUGGUACGAGUACAGCUAAAUAGAUAUAAUUACAUAAACGUACAAUUUUGCGCGAAUUAUUUAUUCAUAAGUUGUUUGAUAGAUACGUAAAACGCGAAGGUUUUUAAGAAGCAGCUGAGGAAUAAUUACAGUGCAGACUGAAACGGAUUUCGUCAUGAACGGUGUUGUAACAACGUGCGUUCUUUUCUUUGUUUUCGUGUUAAAUUAUGGACUGUGCUGUGAGACUGGAAAUGCCACUCUACAACCGGUGCAGCGUAAGAUGUGCGAAUUCAAGAUCAUGCACCCGAAACCGAUAGGUGUUCUUACAACAACUGCAGGAAGGCCUGUGGAGGUGAGAGAAACAAUCACUCUGAACUCUGAUAUCAUAGCCAAUGAAUACCUGCUGGAUUCUAUGCUGCAUUUCGUGCAAGAGAAAGUGCCAGAGCGAAUGGUUCACGCGAAAGGCACAGCUGCAUUUGGUUAUUUCGAAGUGACACAUGAUAUUUCUAAGUACACAAAAGCUGAAGUUUUUAACGGUGUCGGAAAGAAAACUCCAUUAGUGGUUCGUAUGUCAACAGCAAUUCAAAGUCUUGGCGGCCCCGAUGUAUCGAGAGAGCUCAAAGGCAUGGCCAUAAAAUUUUAUACCAAAGAAGGUAAUUUGGAUCUGCUGUGCCUGCAAACACCCGUAUACUUGUACAAUGAUCCGUUAUUCUUCCAAUCUCAAGUUCACGCAUUCAAAAGAAAUCCAGCUACCAAUGUAUUUGAUAGAACCACCAUAUGGGAUUUCUUGACAAAACGACCAUCAGCAUUCAACACCUUUUUUUGGACUCAGUCAGAUUUUGGCAUUCCAAGUUCGUACAGAAAUAUGGAUGCCUUUCCAAUACAUACUUAUGAAGUUAAUAACAAAAAAGGCGACAGAUACUAUAUCAGAUUUAACUUCAGAACCGAGCAGGGCUUGAGUAAUCUGACAAGUGUAGGAGUGGCUAAUGCAAGUCAAGAUAUAGAUUAUUACACUAGAGACUUGUACAACGCUAUUGCUAAUAAAGAAUAUCCGUCUUGGAGAUUAGAAAUAGAUAUAAUGACACAGGAUGGUAUUAAAAAUCUUGACUUCAAUCCUUUUGACGUCACAAGAUUGUGGAAAAAUGGAACUUAUCAGACUGUGGAAGUGGGACGUUUGAUUUUGAAUAAGAAUCCCGAUAAUUUCUUCAAAGUAAGCGAUGUGAGUGCGUUUAAUCCGGCCAGUUUGGUGCCUGGUAUUCCCGGGCCGGUCGAUACACUAUUCAAGGGCCGUAGGCUUUUCUACCGGUCCACCCAGAACUACCGCUUGGGAAUCAACCAUAAUAAUGUUGAUGUAAAUAUGCCGUUUUACGCAAAGACUUACACGCGCGAUGGCGUUGCGCCAGUGAAUGAGAACAUGCGAGAUGCGCCAAAUUAUUUUCCGAAUUCGUUUAGUGGGCCGGAGGCUGUUGUGGAUGAGAGCAAGCCGUGGAAACGACUUUUGGUGUUGGACAGCAAUGCGGUGGACUUGUCGCAGCCGAAGCACUUCUACAACCACGUGUUGACGAACGUCGGCCAGAGGCAACGUCUCGCCGAUGUAUUCGCGAUGCAACUGGCGACAGUGACCCAACCAAUUCAGCGCAGGGCGCUUAAAAUGCUUACUCUAAUUGAUAAAGAUCUAGGAAAUCGUGUGCGAGUGGGUGUAAGAGCGGCGAUAGCGAAUCUCGCGUCACAACAAACUCGCAAACCUAAACAAAAUUAUUAGUGCAAUAGCGUUGAAUAAAUCAUUUUUUAAACAAUUAUUACAUGUGCUGCUGCUGUGGA